AUGGCGGCUCUCAGUCUCGUGUUGAGCGAGACUAUGUCGCCGAAAGACAGAAUGGAAGAGAUGGACACACCUACAACCCCUCGGCCGACUCGAUAUACAUCGGCCAUAUUAGAGGAGAACAAUGUCGUAAACGAUACUCACUCCUCCCACCCCGGAGACAAUUCUUCUAGCCAAAUCUACGACGGCAGUGCCCGUGGGCAUCGGCACAGCGACACAAGCAGGAGAAAUAGUGCGGGUGCCGCAACAAGUGCUCUGGAUGUGGACGACGACGAUGAGGAAGACAAUGAUCCGCACGGUUCGGACCACGAGGGCGAACCAGGAGACGCCGAUUCUGCCUGGAGAAAGAAGAAGGGCCAAAGGUUUUUCUGUACCGGCUACCCCCCCUGCAACCUCAGCUUUACUAGAAGUGAGCAUUUGGCUCGCCACAUCCGAAAACAUACUGGCGAGCGACCCUUCCAAUGCCACUGUAAUCGAAGAUUCUCCAGAUUGGACAACUUGCGCCAGCAUGCGCAGACGGUGCAUGUUAACGAAGAGAUCCCCACCGACUCAUUGGCGGCUACGGGCACUCGAUUCCAGCGUCAGAUACGAACCGAUCGCGUCCGCCCUACUGGUCGACCACGAACAGGAACUGCAGGGAGUACUGGUGGUCACAGUCGAGGACACAGUCGAAACCUUUCAACGUCUAGUGUGGGUUCGACCUCUUCCAAUUAUAGUAUUGUGACAGAUGCGAAGCGACGACCGCCGCCUCUCCUCAUGGCUGGCGAUGGAAGUGGAAGACCUCUAGGGCUCGAGCCGCCUCAAACACCGCCGGCUCAAUAUCGUGGGUACAAUCCGAGCUCUCCUGGCGGCCUGAGUACACCAACAUCCGCUCAAUUUUCUGCCACGCCUGGCAGUCCAGGUUUCAUGUCAUCUUUGGGGUCGCCAACGUCGUCAAACUCCCGCCAUGGAGGAUUUUUCGCUUCUGCUCCUCAUGCCCGCCGAUUGUCGGUACCAUCUACAUCCAGUCCCUACCAGCAGCAAUAUCCGCCGGGCUAUCCUCUGACAUACAUAAAUCAGAUGGGUCCGGCGAGUUCACAUGGGUCCUCAAAUUCCAGCAUGUUGACGAGCCCUACUUCGAGCUCCUUCCCCAUGUCUCCCGGACAACAUAUGCCGCCCGGAGAAGACUGGCGGAGGCGCACCUGGCAUCCUUCUACGAUGCCGGCUGCCAACUUCAACUACAACCGUCCUGCCACAAGUGGGCUAACAUACUCUCAAACUCCAGAUGCUCCUCAACCCGCGCAUGCCCAACAUGCCACUGCCGCUGCCGGCCAAGCACCCCGACUCCCGGGCAUUGAAAGCUUCGAUCAUGUGCAACACCGCUCAUACACGCCUCCCCGCCGUAACCCUAGUCCCAUGCAGAUUGAUCCCAAUCUCACUGAUUCCAACCCACCUUCCUCGUUGACCCAACAAGAACCUCAGCCUCGGCCCGGGCAUGUAUCCUGGGAAGGGCCUCGUCCCAGCCAGUACCCGGAGCCUGAAGAACAACCCCCCGCCAGACAUCAAGUUGCGAGCUCUUGGGGCCAGCAAACUAUCAACGAAAUUCAAAGGGUAGGCGUCCCAAGACAGGCGGACAUGGGCCCUCCCUCAGUCUCAGUGACUUUCAGACCGCAACAACAGAUGGCCCAGGAAGCCCUUGAGACUCAACCAUCUGCAAAUCGGCUCAAAAGACAGGGCUGGUAUCAGCGACCUGUAUCUGCCGCACGAACUUCCCCGGAAGACUCUAGCAGUAGCGACGGAGUGCCCACUCCUGGGAUGACGGCUGUCGAGGUACAUCCAAUGAUUAUGCAUAGCAGUGGCUACGUGGAGCCACAGCACGCCGCUUUACCCGCAGAUGGCCAUCAGAAUGUUUGUCUUGCACCCGCUGCAUAUAUCGAAAAUAGUCGGCACAGCGGAAGCUCGUCUUUCGGUGAUCGGUCCGGCCGAGGCGGCGAGUUGAACAGAUUAGAGGCUCUCGUCGCCGUUGCGACGAGUGCCGACAACGGAGCACGCUAA